CCUUCCUCCACCUCUCUACCUGUUUAGUGGUUAAAAAUGGCUGAAGCUCCUCCAUGGCCCAGCCGGUUCUUCUGUCACAGAUGCUCCGCAGAGAUUAGUCCUCGGCUUCCCGAGUACACAUGUCCAAGAUGUGAUUCAGGGUUUAUUGAGGAACUGCUGGAGGAGAGAAGUGCUGACAAUGGCUCCACGUCUACCAUUUCCAGUGCCCCCCAGAACCAGCAACCAUUUGAGAAUCCGGACCAGCACAUGUUUACAUUCCCUUCGGGCUACGGCCAGUUUGCCCUGGGUGUCUUCGACGACCGCUUCGACUUCGGAGCUGGGCUGGGAACAGAGGACAACAGGGACGCAGAAAACAGGCGAGAAAGGGAAACGACAUCACGGCAACGAUAUGGUGCUAGGCAACCGAGAAGUCGUCAUGGCUCAAGGCGACAAGCAGGGAGGCCCGAGGGAGUUCCCACUUUAGAGGGAAUCAUUCAGCAACUGGUGAAUGGAAUAAUUGCACCCACUGCAAUGCCAAAUAUUGGUGUUGGACCCUGGGGUGUUCUUCACUCAAAUCCUAUGGAUUAUGCCUGGGGUGCUAAUGGACUAGAUGCAAUUAUAACUCAGUUAUUAAACCAGUUUGAGAACACGGGUCCUCCGCCUGCUGACAGGGAUAAAAUAAAAACCCUUCCUAUAGUUCAUAUUACAGAGGAUCACGUUGCUUCAGGACUGGAAUGUUCAGUGUGUAAAGACGAUUACAGUGUUGGAGAAAUUGUGAGGCAGCUCCCAUGCAAUCACAUGUUCCAUAAUGACUGCAUAGUCCCCUGGCUGGAACAGCAUGACACUUGUCCAGUGUGCAGGAAAAGCUUGAGUGGACAGAACACGGCAACAAACCCUCCAGAACUAUCAGGGAUGAACUUUACCCCCUCCUCCUCUUCCUCCUCCGCCUCUUCAUCUUCCUCUACACCUCAGUCCUCGAGUUCGACCAGCAAUGAGAACUCCACUGAUAACUCAUAGAGGACCACUUGUCCUCAUCACCCUACGAGCUGUUUAUAGCUCCUAGGCUGCUGUACUUCAGAGCUGUGAUCUCCAGUCCCCCCCCCCCCCGCUGUAGGGUAGGGACCUGAGCAGCGGCCAGGAGCACUGGAGCCUGAUCAGGGGUAAGUGAUACGUGAGGUCCAUGCAGUUCUGCCUGCCCUGCUGCUCCCACCUUGAUCAGGGAUCUGAACAAAGGAAAGGCGGAGGGAGUGCAGCUUCUGUCAGGGCGGAUGUAGAGAAGCAUGGAAACUUCAAAAGGGCUCGAUCUGCCUGAAUCCCCUCAUACAGGAAGAGACAACAAAGGGAUCCAAAGGUAGAAGACUCGGGACAACGAGACAGUCUCUGAUUUUCUUUUCUUUUUUACUCUCAGACUUGUAUGAUUUAAAAUUGGCCCACUUUUACCAAUGAAGCAACAAGAAAUGUACAGUUAUUCCUUUUUAUAAGUAGCAUUCAUAUCUCUGAUAAAAUGACCCAAAGUGCACGAUUAGUGUGCAUUUAAGUUUCUUCGUGGUUUAGAAUAUUGCAUUUGAUUUGUUUUAAUCUCCAAACAAAAUAGUUUAUGAAAUGAUUUUAUUUUCAAGAUCCACUUACAGAUGACCUGAGACCAUACAGGUACUGUUGUUUGCACUGAAAAUGAAGCGUCAAAUUGCAGUAAUUUGGUGCCGUUUGGAUAAUGUUGUGGAAAAUCAUUACUAAAUUAAACAUAAGGAUUUUGUUGUGUUAGCUGCAAGCCUAAAAUAAUUAGAAACAUUUCAUUGCUUUUUUGCAUUUUUAACUUAAAGGUAAAUUAAAUAUUUUCUAAAGUUGCCAGUUGAAAUCUAUUGAUUUGCAGUAUGGUCGUGUCAAAAAAAAAAAAAUGAUAUGAAAAUAAAGCUGUUUGGGUGCUACCACUCAAAAUUCAUGUAAAGCAUUCUCUGUGUCUGUUUGGGUGUUUAUAUAAUCCUAUUUGAAGUCUUAUCAUGAAAAUUGAGCUUGUUUCAUAAAGUGACAACAUACAUGGUCAAUUGUUGGUGAACAACCACUGGGACAAAGUCUGUUAGCUGCACUUUUAGUGUGAGUAGACACUAGAUGGAAGUACGGUGAAACAAGAACAUUUUCCAAAAUGUAGUUGUUGGUACAGCAAAUCACAAUAAUUGAACAAAAAAAUAUGUAAUACGGUAAAGCUUUUUUUGAAAACAGGCAAGCUAUGAGCUGAUCUGGUCUGAUUUUCCCCAGUAUAAUUUAUGUCCCUUUAAUGACAUCUUGCCGGCUCUUGGACCAACCAUUAUUAUAUAAGGUUUCGUGACCAUUUUGUACUUUCAGAGAAAGUUCUGAACUCAUGAAAUGUUAUCAACAAGCCAAAAAUAUUCUGCUUCCUUUUAUUGUUAAGCAAUAUGGGUGUAUUUCCUCUGCAUUGUACCUCUUCUCCCCGGGGGUUAGGGUUCAAAGGCCUUUCAUCUGAGGGGAUUGUUAAGAACAGAACAUCUUGUAACUGUUUACCUUCAAAAAUGAAAUGGUGUUUUAAUGUGCAGUGACUACAGAUUCAAUGUCUAAAACCACUAUUUUAGCUCGGUAAAAGUGUGUGUGUGUAUGGGUAUCUUUUUUCAGUGUUGCAGCUCACUUCUAGAAAUGAUUCAGAUUUUGUGACUAAACAAUUAACUCAAACAAGUGAAAACAUUUAAAAUGAUUUUUUAAUAGGCAGGGUUGUAGUAGUCUUAAUUCAACAAUUGGGUUGUCUGGAAUUUGCCUUGCUUUCUCUACAAGUUUCCAUUUCACAGCCAACUUCGAAGAAAUAUUUCUAUCAUCUCCAUAUUUCUUUGCUAAUAUCUCAAUUGUGUUGUGUCAUUAUGUUACGUCUAUAUGGUCACUGAUUACAGCCUACAUUUUUUUAAAUGGUGUGCUGAGCCUGG